UGUUCACCAAACCAUUUCCGUGUAAACUCACUCGCAGUGGAGACAGUAAAGAGCAAAGCCGUGACCCUGAUGCUAACCGAUCCCAUGCAGACAGUAAAUGCAGAUUCGAGGGCGCCAGAGCCCACUAAGGAAAACCUUGGCAUUCCUGAAGGCCACAAGAGAAGCCCCCUAGACGUUGAGGCUUUCGAGGCAUUUGCCCAAAAUAUGGCGGAGAACAUUAUCCAGUCAUUUAUAAGCCAAAUGGAAAUGGUGGAAGCUGAGGUGACCACUAUGAACCGUGACCGUAAGAUGUUGGCUGAAGACUUGGCGUCAGCAGUGAUUGAGAUUGCCUUGAGGGAAGCGUGCAGAGGUGGAAACGUCGAGGGUCCCGAGAGUUCAAGAUCAGCUAGCGUAAAAAUGGAUUAUGAAAAUGUUGAAAAGCUGCCCUCGGUGGAUAAAUCUGCAAAAGAAAAACACUUUGACGCAGAGAUGGAUACAGUUAAAGAGCUGCAGGCUUGCCGAGACUUCCAGCCCCCCCAUCCACCUCUAUCCCAGUCGGGGCUUCCCGUUGUGGGAUCCCUCGACUACCCCGACGCCCCUCCGACCACCCCUCUGCUCCCCGAGCUGGAGAGGAGCAGACACAGCUUCGCACGAAAGCUGAAAGGAGGCUUGGCAAAGGUUUUCCUGCCUUCGCCUCCUCCGCCAACACCGAAGGAGAAAGAUUCGAGCCCAGAAGCUGCCAUCGGUGACCAUCGAGUGGACUUGAUGGAGCACCUGAUGCAUUCGCUGUCCGUAGAAGACUUGGCAAGAGACCGUUUCAAUGCAGGAUCUCGGCAUGAAGACAGUAUGGAGGUUUUUGCAGAGGCUGUGUCAUGUGAUAUCAUAGAUUGGGUUUUGAGUGCCAAAAACAGAGAGCAGAUAGGAGACGACAGAGAUCUUCAUCUCUUAGCCCAACAACUGGCCAAAACAAUCAUCUCCUCCUCCCUCGAUGAAGCUAAAACACUUGUGUAGCCUGAUUAAUGGGAUCUUACUGUAUGUGAUGACCACCACAAGACAAAAUAUUGAUAUCCAUCGCAAAUGUUAUCUUUUUUUUCACACAGUGAUCUCCUGCAAUAACAUGAACGCUCUGUAAUCUGAAGUUGUUUUCUUUUUCAAUUUAUGUCUCAAUAAAGUUGAGUUACAGCUCA